AUAAGAAUGGGGCUUUGAGCAUGGUGCAGGACCACUCUCUCUUGGGACUCCGGCGUCUUUGGUCUUCUUUCUCUUUCCCCGUGUCAACUCCUACAGCUCCAUAAUGGCGGAUUCUCCCUUCACUCCAGACCAGAUCGAGGACUUCAAAGAGGCCUUUGGACUCUUCGACAGAGUCGGAGACAGCAUGGUUGCAUACAACCAGGUGGCUGAUAUCAUGCGUGCCCUGGGACAGAACCCCCAGAACAAGGAAGUUAAUGAGAUCCUGGGAAACCCAUCCGCCGACGACAUGGCCAACAAGAGGCUGAAAUUCGAUGAAUUCCUGCCCAUGCUGGUGAAGGCCGAUAAGUUGCUGAAGGGUACACUCGACGACUACGUUGAGGGUCUCCGCGUCUUCGACAAGGAGGGUAACGGCACUGUGAUGGGCACUGAGCUGCGCAUCGUGUUGGGCACACUGGGUGAGAAGAUGACAGAGGCCGAGAUUGACGGUCUCCUACAAGGUCAGGAGGACGAGAACGGCAGCAUCAACUAUGAGGCUUUCGUCAAGCACAUCCUGUCUGUGUAAGAAAGUGCUUCGGAAACCCAAGGUGAUCCAUCUCCCCGACCCCAUGGUGUCAGGACAUGAUUUUCUAAAGACCAACUAAGGAAAGGAAAGAACUAUAAUGGGAUGUCCAAUAGCCAUUCUGUGUUUUUUUUCUUUUCGUCUGUCAACUUUUCAACCCCUCGCUCCUCCUCCUCUGUAAGGAAGUUACCUCUGCUGCCAGAUGACCGCCCUCUCCUCGCCUCCUGGGGCGUAUCCUUCCGCGGGGGGUGGGGACAGGGGAAGAGGGGUUACCACUCAUCAAGUGGGUUUUGUACCCUAUGCCCCGCCCACCUCAAACAAAGGCGCUGGCUAGACACAAUUGUGGAUUAUCCCACCAAUCCCCUUCCCUCAAAGUUGUAUUUAUUUUCACUCUGUCAUUUCAGAAUAAACUUUUCGAAAGGUACACCCCCCCA